AUUUUAUAUUUUACAGACGUGCAAUUAUCAAGAACCAUGACUUGAGGCCGGACACCGCCCUCACCCAGCUCCUGACGAACGACUUCUGGGGCACUCCCAUCAGACACAGCGGCUCCCACAAGUCAUACCGCCCUCUAUGUGUGCUGUCGUUUCGUCUCAACUACGCAGUCGGCGAGCUCGACCCAUUUGGAUACCACCUCACCAAUGUCGUCCUGCACGUUAUCGCGACAGGUCUCUUCGUCAGCAUCGCUAGGCGAUUUUUAAGAGGGAGCCCAUCCGUUCUCUUCGCAGGGUUGCUUUUCGCUUCUCACCCCAUUCAUACGGAGGCGGUGGCUGGUGUUGUCGGCCGGGCUGAUGUCGGUGCUUGCAUCUUUACGCUUCUCUCGUUCAUAAGCUAUGUAAACUCCUGCAAUUUAAAAAGCACCAAUAUACAAACGUUAGACACGCAUGAUGCAGAUAGACAAACUGAAGAGGAUUUCAGGAGAACGGUUGCUAGGAGACGCAUCGUCUUCCUGAUACUCAGUGCGGUAAUGACGUUUUGUGCUACAUUUACAAAGGAGCAAGGAAUCAUGGUCGUUGCAAUAAAUGCUGCCUAUGAGGUCUUUGUGGUACACCAAAUACGCAUCCGAGACUUGCCAAAGAUAUUUUACAAGGCUGACUUUUGUCAUAUACGUCACUCACUGCUGCUUCAAGCAACUCUAGGGGGCGUUCUUCUCAGCAUACGCUUCUACGCAACCGGCCUCCAGCCACCCAUUUUCGCCCCCGCCGACAACCCAGCAUCUGUUUCGCCGAGUCUUCAGACACGAACUCUGACCUUUUUGUACCUCCCAGCAUACAAUGCGUGGAUGCUGUUGUGCCCAACGUUACUGAGCUUUGAUUGGUCGAUGGAAUCUAUACCGCUCAUUCAAACAAUAAUAGAUUUGCGGAAUUUAUGGAGUAUUGGGCUUUACGCGACAUUGGCAGUGCUUGGAUAUCUCUCGUUUAAAGAACUUGAUAAUCUCCAUGAAUUAAAUACACAAAGUACUGGGAGAUUAAAGAAUGUGCCUUGUAGGAAUGACACAGCUGGAUGCGCCAGCUACAGAUAUCUUGAGCAAAACCCAGCGCCAUCGUGCAACGGCGUUACGCAAAAGAGCAAUGGGAAAGAGAUUAAAUCUUUACGCAAUGGGCAUGCGAAGAAGAGCUUCAUACCCCCGAAAAGAGAAAACAAUAACUCGUACCAACGCAGCAACGGUUGUGACAUAAUCCGGAAGCGGCACUCACGGUAUUGCUCGUGUAGUCCCGAGCGAUGCGGGCGUCGCUUCUCAAGAAGCAGUAGCACCAGUAGCAGCGGGUCGAUGAGUUUCAGCGACGAAGACGUCGUCGAGAGGACACGCCUACUCAAUGUCAUCAUCGUCGCUACCUCUUUUCUUAUCUUUCCUUUCCUCCCCGCGACCAACGCUCUCUGCUACGUCGGCUUCGUCAUUGCGGAACGAAUCCUCUACAUCCCAAGUGUCGGCUUCUGCCUGCUGUUGGCAGAGGGCGCUAGUCAGAUCUGGCAGAGGUCUUCUGACUUGGGACGUAAGCUCCUUGUUGCGUUGGUCAUCGUUCAGUUGUGUCUUUUUAGCUUUAAAACUGUUCUCAGGAACCAGGAAUGGCAGACAGAAGAGACCCUCUACAGAGCAGGCAUCCAAGUCAACCCACCAAAAGCUCUAGGGAACUUGGCCAAUAUCUAUAAGACUGCAGGUAGGAUACAAGAGGCUGAAGAUGCUUACCGGAGGGCCCUGACAUAUCGCCGGAACAUGGCGGAUGUGCACUAUAACCUAGGUGUGCUACGACAAGAAGUUGGCAGAUUUGAAGAGGCUAUCGACUGCUACCAACUUGCUAUUAAAUGCCGUCCACGCAUGUCAAUGGCCCAUCUCAAUCUGGGGAUUGCCUUGACGACGGUAGGGCGAAACGUUGAAGCGGAGGCGGUGUACAGACAGGCCGCUACCCUAGAUGAUGCAGGACUGAAGGACCCUAGGGGGCAGAUGCACGGGGUCGUCUCUUCCCUCUUCAACCUUGGAAGACUACUCCAGGAGGCAAACAGACAUGAGGAUGCCUUGGUUGUGUUGGAGGAUGCAUUGAAGAGGAAACCAGAAUACUACCCUACCCAGAGCCUGUACAACAUGCUUGGUGAGACACAGUACAAGCUUGGUAACCUUCCGGAGGCAGAAAGCUGGUUCAAGGAAUCACUACGAAGCAAAGCAGACCAUGUACCUGCUCAUCUGACCUAUGCAAAUCUUCUUGGAAAAACGAAUCGAGCUACUGAAGCUGAACGGCUUCUUGAGCGAGCAGUCUCACUGGAGCCAGAAAAUGCAAACGUUUUUCGUCACUACGGACAAUUUUGGCAUGACCAAGGAGAUUACAAGAAAGCCUCCAAGUUCUACCACACCGCCCUCAACCUGCAACCAAACGACUUUGAGAUAACCUUUAACCUUGCCAACUCGCUCCGACAAGCCAAGGAUAAUGAGGAGGCUGAGGUGUAUUACAGGGUGGCAGUCGACUUGAAGCCUGAUGUUGCUAAUGGCCAUGUCAACCUUGGUGCCAUGCUUCACCUAAAUGGAAAGCUUGAGCAAGCUCAGGCAAGCUACCUGAAGGCACUGUCCUUGAAACCUGAUGACCCAACCAGUCUCCAGAACCUCAAGAAGCUACGCAACCUUAUGGCCAAGAAAUCACAAGCCAACAAACAACAAGAAGAGUCUUGAGCAAGCCCAGGCAAGCUACCUGAAGGCACUGUCCUUGAGACCUGAUGACCCAACCAGUCUCCAGAACCUCAAGAAGCUACGCAACCUUAUGGCCAAGAAAUCACAAGCCAACAAACAACAAGAAGAGUCUUGAGCAAGCUCAGGCUAGCUACUUGAAGGCACUGUCCUUGAAGCCCGAUGACCCAACGAGUCUCCAGAACCUCAAGAAACUACGCAACCUCAUGGCCAAGAAAUCACAAGCCAACAAACAACAAGAAGAGUCUUGAACAAGGACAGAAAAGUUACAUGAAUGCAAGAGGUCUCCAGAACUUCAGCAAACUAGGUAAAAGCAAUAACAGUCUGUAGGAAGACUAUAAAAGCUACUGGAAAGCGACAAGUUUCUACAACUGUAGCAAACAAGGGAAAAUCGAUAAAAAUCUUGAGGAAGCUGAUGGCCAAGAAAGCACAAGCCACCAAGCAACAACAAGUUGAACUAGCCCAGGAAAGUUCCCUGAAGUCAACAAAGUCUCCAAAACUUCUGGGAAGUGUGAGACACUAUGGCUAGGAAAUCACAAAGAACAAGCAAUAAGAGUCUUGAGGAAGCAUAAACAACCUACUUGAAGCAUUCCCCUCCAUACCUGAUGACCAAACCAGACUCAAGAACCUCAAGCAUUUACGCAACCUCAUGACCAAGAAAAUCACAAGCCGACAAGCAACAACAAGAAUCUUGAGUAACCUUUAAGUACUCCGCUUGAAAGGUGACAGGCAGCAUUGAAAGUCUUGAGGAAGUCCAGACCUGGAAGACACUGCCCUUGAGACCUUUCAAGACCCAACGAUUCUCCAGAACCUCAAGAACCAGCACAGGCCAACAAGCAGCAAGAAUCUUGAGUUGCCUGAAAGUACUUCACUUAAGAGGUGAGAAGCAGCAAUGAGAGUCUUGAGGAAGUCCUGAUCUGCUUCUGGAAGACACUGUCUUUGAAAUCUGUCAAGACCCAACAAGUCUCCAGAACCUCAAGAACCAGCACAGGCCAACAAGCAGCAAUGAGAGUCUUGAGGAAGUCCUGAUCUGCUUCUGGAAGACACUGUCUUUGAAAUCUGUCAAGACCCAACAAGUCUCCAGAACCUCAAGAACCAGCACAGGCCAACAAGCAGCAAUGAGAGUCUUGAGGAAGUCCUGAUCUGCUUCUGGAAGACACUGUCUUUGAAAUCUGUCAAGACCCAACAAGUCUCCAGAACCUCAAGAACCAGCACAGGCCAACAAGCAGCAAGAAUCUUGAGUUUUCCAAACACCAUUAAGAAAAUAAUGAAUCUCAAGGCAUAGAAAUCUCAAACCACCGAUCAAGAAUACUCUUGGAGUUGCCUCUAGUUUUUGUACUUUCCAAACAUCUUUAAGAAACUUAUCAAUCUAAUGCCUUGAAAUCUCAAACCACCGAUCAAGAAUACUCUUUGAGCUACCUCUAGGUACUCCUCGUAAACUCAGGCUACUACUCCUGACAGCAGAACUGCAGAACAGGGGUGUGUUUCACAAAACUUGUCAUCAGUGAUAAAUGACAGUUGUUGUUAUAAGUUACUGAAAUCAUUGCUUCUGAUUGGUUAUCAGCAGAUUUGAAUUGAAUUGAAUUGGUUUGGUUUAUUGAGAAAUCACUUCAAACAAGCAGCUCACAGGCUGACAAUGUUCAAUUUACAAACAAGUUAAAAAUAUAGAGAGAUAUAAACAUAUACAAAACUAAAAUACAAAUGUACAUUUUUGUCACUGAUAUUUGUCAUUUGUCAUUGAAAAAGGCUUUGUGAAACAGGUCCUAGAACUACUACAAUGAAUAACUUAUGAUUGACUUUCUAAGUUCGUGUAGAUCUUGUGUGUGCCAAGAGGCCAUGCAAGUGAUAUAUGAUAUCUCUGUUCAGGUAACAGUUUGACCAAAUCUUCCAUAUUUGACAUCUACCUUUUGUCAUCUCUGUCUUCUAUACUCAAUUUAUUGUCAUCAAUAUUUUAUAUGGAUUUUCUUUCCAGAGAAGAUCAAAGAUUGUUUAAAAAGAACGACUUGAAUUUCUAGAGAUAGCCCAUGUGUUCUUGAAUCCAACAUCGUAUUGUAAUCUUCAGUAUAUUUUUUAAUAUUUUGUAUGCAUAGUAACUUAUGCAUAACAGCUUAAAACAUUUCUUGUUUUCUAUAAGUUUGACAGAACAAAGUGCAAUAUUUAACAUUAUAUCUAUCCACCUAUCACAAACUAUGUACAUACUUUGUCAAAGAAUGAUUAAUGAAUGAUCAAUGAAUGAUCAAUGAAUGUCAAAUUCUGACGGAUUUUAAAUUUGUUAAACUCCACAUUAUGCAUUAUUCAUUGUAAGAACUCCCCAAACAAGAAUGUGGCAUGUAUAAUAUGGAAUGAACCAGAUGUAACAACUUCAUUUUCCAUGAAGACACAAUUUCUACAAAUUUUCAAACAUUCA